AUGUCUGCAUCAAAAUCACGCCCAGCAGAGCUAUUCACCCCCGACCGCGCGCUGCUCAACCCGCGCUUCGAGACGUAUCGUCUUCAGUCGCUGGAUCCGUCAGCAGCUCGCGGCCACCGCCUGCCCGCGGAAGGCGCGACGCAGUCCCGAGUAGGCUACGGCAAGCAGCAGCUGGGAUUCAAGGAGGUGCGCUCGCGCAUUUCGUGGGACCACCUCGACACGCGCGGCGGACGGGGAGUAUACGUCGACACGGAGUGGAACGUCGUUGGCUUCGAACUUGACGCCGACCUGGACCCGACCUUUACGACACUGGCGAGUCUGCCUCAGCCAGUGUCCAGCGGCGAGGAGCACGCCGAAUAUCCUCGUGCACUGGCGCUGUCGGACACGCUCUGGGCGGUCUCCUCUGGCAGCGGCUCCAUCUACGUCCUCGAAGUCUCCCCUCCGGGUUCGCCCUUCGCCGGCAAGUUUAUCGCGCGGUACGAUCUCGACUCUCCCUCUCUGCUGUACGCCGCACACGGCGACGGCUCUUCCUUCCGCCUCCUGCUUACUCGGGCCGUGGUCCAAGAGUCCAGUGGGAGCAAGUACGCCCCGCGCACAGCGACGUUCGAUCUGUUCGAUGUCUCCAUCGAUCCGUCACACACCAACGACAUUGACGCGGGCGAGGAGCUCCAGCCCGAGUGGGAACUGACGGGCGGCGACCUCCCUCUCUGGGCAGCGUGGGCGGAGGGCGGCUGGGUCGUUCUCUCCGAAGAAGCGUUCGGCCCGCGCCCCGAAGCGCGAGAGGAGACUGACGCCGAGCGAGCAGCGCGCGAGCACAAGGAGAAGAAGGCCAAGCUCGGUCUCGGCGCGCACCUCCCAACGGCAGAGCAGACGCCCGCCGACACACCCCCGCCCGAGGCCGAGGCGAUGGAUGUGGACACAGAGCAGCCGAAGCAGUAUCCCUUCCACUGGACGCAGGACCAGGGCUCUGUGACAAUCACGAUCCCCCUGCCGAGCGGCACGCCGCGGGACGCGAUCAGCGUGGACUUUACGCCGUCCUCCGUCUCCGUCUCGGUCAAGGCGCCCGGCCUCUCUGUGCCGCUGUUCGCCUUCCUUUCAGCCGGCGCGCACACGUUCUGGUCCGAGGUCGCGCAGUCGACCUGGACCUACGAGGCGGACGAGGGCAGACUGACGCUCGAACUGGAGAAACAGCCCGGGGACGCGCGCUGGCCCAGUGUCUUUAUCCCAGACGACAGCGACGACGACGACGUGCCCGAGACAUUCUCGCCCGCAGCCCUCGCCGCCAUUCGGGAGAGUUUUGGCAAAGUGCAGACACGCACUGAUGACGCGAUGCCCGAGACGAACCCGACCAUUCCCGCGCUGCUCCGCGAACAGCUCGACUUUGACGAAGACGACGACUUUGCGGAACGCACCGAGGGCGCAUUCUCGGACCUGUCGGCGGGCAGCGUGGGCCGCAACGUGCUCUUCGGCUCCAUCGUGGCGGGCCAAGCAGUGUGGUCCCGCCAACCAGCCGCCGUGCUCUCGCUGCCGCUUCUGACGACGGAACCGGACCUGCCCGCGGGGCAGGGCGUCAUAGUCCGUAACGCGGUGGAUGGGCUGCUCAUCGCCCCGACGCCCGACGGGUGGAAACACGAGGGAACGAAUCCCGCCCUCGCCUUUGUGAUGUCCUCCAAACGUGACCUGAGACUUGUGCGCCACGCCACGCGCGCAGAGGAGGGACACGCGGCCAGCCUCGUGCUCGCCUUUGACGCCGGCAGCGGCACAGGCCAGGGCAACGCGUACCUGUACUGGCCCCCGAAGAAGGGCGAGGACACGGCACGACAGGGCGUGCUGGGCGUCAGCGGUGGUGAUCGCGGGGCGCUGCUUGGUGUCGGCGAAGUCGUCGUGGGGGAGAGAAGGAUCGCAGUCGCGCUGUGUGAGAAGAGCCUUGUGGUGCUGGAUCUGGAUCUGUAG